AUGGAGGACGACGAAGGGUACAAAGUACUGAACCUCCGGCCAAAGAGGGGAAACUCAGCCAGUCCGUCUCCAGACGGAGGCCAAGUUUUCCAGGGUCCAGCUCAUGAAGACCGUCUUGGAGCAGCAGGGAACGCAUCCCUGGAGGAGCUGGUGUCUCACUUGAGGCAGCGUCUGUGCGACUCUGCACCCGGCAGCGCUGCAGAUGGUUCCGGGUGCAAAGUCUGCCCCCGGGACUGGCUGCCCCACAGGGACAAAUGCUAUUGGGUCUCUAAAGAGAGUAAGUUCUGGAGCGAGAGCUUUAAAGACUGUGAAACGAGGACGUCUCAGAUGCUGGUGAUCCAGGACAGGGAGGAGAUGGAGUUCAUACAGAACAUUACUCAAGGGAUAAAUCUUGUUUGGAUUGGACUCACCAUUAAAUCGCCAGAGAAGAAAUGGACCUGGGUGGACACUUCCCCAUUAGAUCAAAGUCUGUGA